AUGUCACCGGCCUCAGUAGCAGCAGCGGCCGCUACUUCCGUUGGAGCAGGUACGACAACGGCGAUGAAGUCCUUACCUCGGAAGCCACCGUCUGCCAAACAGCCCCAGCCGGAACCGCCUGGCGUCCAUAAGCAGUCGAUGACCAGCGCAAGCACGCAUGCAACGGCAUCCAGUGCUGCUGAAUCUCGUCCAAGCAAGCUGGCUUCGAGCCCUAAAAUUGCCCUGACCGCCACCAGGGGACCCGGUGCCAGCGCAGAGGUCCUCUCGCUCGCUGGCGUCGACGCCCGACGGAGGAGCAACAGUCUCGCGGGCAGCAGCACCACCAGCAGCAUAGCAACCACGUCAGCCUUCGUGGAUGACACCUCCCAGCAAGCGAGUGUGGUGCCUGCCAUCGACGACGUGGUGCCCGAUGUGCAAUUCAGGCAUGGGGAUUGGGUCUGUCCGUCGUACAAUUGUUCCUACCACAAUUUUGCCAGAAACUCGACUUGUAACCAGUGUGGCACGCACAAGCCCCUGGGCCUUGCUGCAUCGUCGUCGUCGUCGUCGUCGUCUGUAGGAGGAGCAGGAGGAACUCAAGCAUUGCUCAAGACGAGAAACAGCGACGGGCAGCUCCUUGUCGACGGCUCCGUCAAGCGGUGCUUGCCCCCUAGCAAUUUGCCUCCGCGCCUGAGGAAGCUCGUCGAGAUGGAUUCGGCCAAAAGUGCCGCGCUUGCAGCCGUCGAGCAGCAGCAGCAACAGCAGCAGCAACAGCAGCAACAACAACCUCUGCUGGUCUCGACACCACCGUCGGUUACUGUUGAGGACGGCUACUUUCAACAGCCGUUGAGGGCGCCGACGAGGUCUACACACUUGUCUGUCUCUCCGUCGGCCGCCGUUUUUCGACCGUCGUCGUCGUCUUCCUCAUCGUCAUCGUCUCUGUCGCUCCCGUCGACGCUGAUUGACGAAUCCAAGGCCGGUUUCACCUCGGCGCCCGUCACGCCGUCGCAUGCUCCAUCCCACGUCACUGCAGCAGCGGCGGCCAUCGCGGCAGCAGCAGCAGCAGCGGCAGCGGCAGCGGCACAGUCAGCUUCCGGCACCCUUUCCGCGUCUUCGUCUUCGUCGACGAGGACAGCGACGCCGUGGUCCAGCACCACGCCCGGCUACAUGGCUCCAACGCACUCGACGUUCAUGCACCUCUACCAGCGAGGCAUCGACAUUGGCGCGGGGGCCAACCCAAAGCCACCGCUGGCCAACGGUCAAGGUCCGCCGAUCAAGAACACGGGAAACGUGGGGCCGAUGCAACCCCAGCCGGGCGACUGGUGGUGCUGCCUCUGCGGCUUCACCAAUUGGAGGAGGCGACGGUACUGCAUGAAGUGCUUUCCCUGCGCGGACCAGGACCCGCACUCGACGGCCAUCAAGGCGAGCAUCUGCCUGGCCAAUUACCUCGCAGCAGCACCGCCCAACUCGCCCAUGCUGCUCCACCUCCAGCAGCAAGCCGCGCUGGGAUGCGCCAGCAACGGCAGCGGCGCCAGCACGCCGACGUACACGUCCAUGCCAGCGCCAAUGCUCCAGGCACCGGCCCCAGCUCCGGUCCCAAGUCCCGCCGCCAACGGUGCUGCGGCUUUUGCUGCUGCUUCUGCUGCCCCACCGAUGACGCACAGUCACAGCCAGCUGUCUUCGUCGUCGAGCAGCCUCUCCACUCCCUCGUCGGUACCCGUGUCGAUGCCGUCCGGGACGGGUGAGGUAGACGGCUUCCCCUUCUACUCUUUCCCGGCCUUUGACCAGCACCAGCCUCAGUCUCUGGCUCAUCGUCAGCACCAAGACUAUCACAGUGCACCGACUGGUCUCGCUAUCAACAGGGUCCGCUCCAGGCCGCAGCUGCCCACCUCUCUCUCGUCCGCGACGGUACACCAACAGCAGCUGCAGCAUGGCACUGCAAAAACGCGGUCCUACGACGGUAGCACGCUGGCACGGUCCUCGCCAGACCCAUUCGCACCUCCUGUCAAAAUUCCUUCGAUUCACCUUGGCGAUGGUGGAGUGCUGGCACCCACGAGCAAUGACAGGGAGAUCUGGAACAGCAGCUUCGUGCCAACGUCGAUGCCCAUCAGCAUCCCAAACAAUCUCUCGACGUCACCGUGGCCAACGCUUUCCUCAUCCUCGUCGCCGAUGCCCUCGCCUCGCGUCUCGUCGCGACCCGAGGAACGGCCACCGUCGUCACUCACCAUCGGCGCGACGAAGCAGGCGCUGCGCGGCCAAGGCGAAGACGAAGACGACGCGUUUGCUCACAUUCAUUGUAGCGAGACGGAGGAGGACACCGAAAGCUCCAGCGCAGCCCUCUGGCGGAAUGCACCGAUCGGGACCGUACCCAAGCGAAAAUCAUCGCCACCUCGAAGUAUAAAGGCGCAAGCUUGCUCCUCGUCAGCCACGGCUUCCACAUCGUCGUCAGCGGCUUCCUCUUCUUCGCAGGUGUUCAAGACUGCGCUCCAAUCUCCAUGGACAUCCGUCUUUGUCCCGCGCAACCCCACUCGGCUGCCUCCGUCUCCCUCGACUGCUACGCCUACGGCUCGGACAGCCUCUACGCCUUCUCUUCAGGACACUUCAAACCACUUUACUCGCAUCUCCAUCCAGGACGCCUCCAGUGACUGA